AUGUGGUAUUCCACAACGGAUUCGGUUGAUCGAAAAGUUGAAAGAGAUCAAAUGUAUGCACCAUUAUGGACAAAUUACCAAAACCUCAAUCAGAAUACUCAAAGAGAGCCUAUAACCGGAUUAGUAAACCAAGAAACAGGAAAAUCCACGGAGUCACAUCAACAAAGGUUACAGAAUGGAAUCCAAAUCCAGACUGUUUCCGUCAUCGCAUACGAAGAGCCUCAUAUUGACGAACAAAAUACCACAAAGAUUCGUCGUGAUUUCGAUGUUGAUCAACUCAAGGAGACCCAGAAAUUCCUAUCCCUGAAGACUACUGAGGCUGAUAAUUUCUGCUCAGAUUCACAACGAGCUGAGGACGCUCACCACAUUUCAUUGUUCACUGAUGCAACCAUGCCUCUUGCUGAAGAGUCUUGUGGGAAGGUAACACAGUCGGGGAUAACUGCCACACUGCUUGUCAACAGUCAGAAGGCAACACUGGAUGCAGACGAUGCCAAUACUAGUACUCUGACCGAAAACUGUCACUCUAUUUUAAAGUGGAGGUAUUAUUAUGGAUUAGAACGUUCGAUGCGAACCUCCGGUGAAGCAGACUGUAGUAGCUGCUUCGGUGUGUCAGAGAGUUUGCGCGUGUGCGUGUCCGUUCGUCGUUCCACCAUCGAUCUGACAUGUGACUUGAGUGGCUGA